AUGGAGAACAGUAACAAGAGACCAUUAGAAGAUUUAUGUCAAUAUCCACACACAGAACCAAAGAAAUCUAAAGCGGCUCAAGUCACAACAAUAACAACACAUCCUAAAUCCUCAAAGGCAAUUGUUGGUUUCCAAGAUUUACCCGAUAAGGUUAUCAUGCAUUUAUUUAAAUAUCUAUCACAUGAUGAUAUUGCCAAAAUGGCACUGAUAUGCCCUUAUUUGUUAAGAGCUAAUCAUGAAUGGACUGUAUUUGAAAAACCAAGAUUAGAAGACUUUGAAAAAUCUAUGGAAGAUAUAUACUUGAGGUACUUUAACAAGGAUACCACUGAAUUUUUUUUAUCGUAUUAUGAUGUUAACAUGUUCCAUGAUUAUUCAGUUUCUGAAAAAUUGUUAAUACAAUUGCCAACAAAAUGCCCAGAAUUACUCCAUUUAACGUUAACAAAUCAAGUACUUGAUGCUGGUGAAAUAAGUGUGAAGAUUUUGCCUCGAAAAUUAAAAACGCUGACAAUUGAUAAUACAACUAUUGAAAACGUUCCAGACAGUUCUUCAUAUUUACGCGAUAUAAGCAAAGCUUGCCCAGAUCUAGAGCGAAUUAUAAUGACAAACAACGAUUGGGUUUUGCCAGAUUGUAUACGAGCAUUGUCCAAGCUGGAACGUUUAAGCUACUUAAGUCUUGCAGGUUGCAAACAUCUUUAUAACUGUAUUCCAUAUAGAUAUAUUAAUAAUAUAACUGCAUUCAAAUCUUUACAGACACUUGAUUUGCGUUUUACUCCAGUAAGUGAUAGGGAACUUGCUUGCUUUAAAGGAUUAGCGACUUUGAAAAAUGUUUUUUUGGAAAGCCCCGAGAAUAUAAACUACAAGAUCUAUGAAACAAUUACUGAUUUCGGUUUGGAAAAAUUGUGUUCUGCUUAUUCUGCUUUCCGCUAUCCAUACUUGCCAAAUGUGUUGGGCUAUCGACUUGAUCAAAGUUGCAGUAUUGAAACCUUAUAUGUCCGCAAAUAUCCAAAAGUCUCCGAUCAGUUUUUAAAAUCUUCUGCCAUACAUUGUCCAUACCUGAAAUUAUUAGACAUUAAAGGAUCAGGUUGCACUUCAGCAGAAAUUGAAAAUUUUAAAGCAAAUAGUCCUAGUACGAAGGUAAUAUACUGA